AUGUGUUUUACAGCAACGAAAUGGGCCUUUCACACUUGUGGGGCAGUUGGUUCAGAGGGGCCCACCCCAACCCAGUGUACCAGCUCCUAUCGGAACAGCAAUGUCAAUGUUAAUGUGGCAACCAGAAGCCCAUUCAAAGGCAUCCAAAUCUGGAGGGUACCGGAGACUGGCAUCUACAGGAUCACAGCUUGUGGGGCGGCUGGCGGUCGCAGUGUAUUGGCCAUGACCAAGUCACAUGGUGUCCAACUCACAGCGGACUUCCUGCUUCAGAAGGGCGAGUUGCUUCAUUUCCUGGUGGGACAAAAAGGAGAGGACGCUUGCCCCAAUACCAACGGGACACUGAACAAGAUCUGUUUAGAGCAGACGCCAUUGGACAAGAAGACACAGGUCAAAGGGGGCGGAGGAGGAGGAGGAGGAGCCACCUAUGUGUUCAAGGUGGAGAGGGGUGUCCACAUGCCCCUGAUCAUCGCAGGUGGAGGUGGGGGACGUGGGUACAGCAGCCAAUCGGACAGCCAGGAUGAGUUAAUGGACGACCACGAUGUACCAGGGCGUAACGGGAAGUCUGGAGCGGCAGGUGGAGGCGGAGGUUGGAAUGACAGUAACCCUGGGUCUCAGGGUGGGAGACCCCUAAUACUUGGAGGCCAGGGGGGGAUACCCUGCCAGAAGUCGGGCUGGAAGACCGUAGGGGGCUUCGGGGGAGGGGGAGGCCCCUGUACAUCCGGUGGUGGAGGUGGGGGGUAUAGAGGUGGCAACACCUCUGAAGCAAAUGACCCAAAGCAGGACGGAGAUGACGGCUCCUCUUUCACCAACCCAGAUGGAGAGAUCUUCCUGGAUGCUCUGAAAGGGAUGGAAAGUGAUGGAGAGGUGAUCAUCUGCCCCGUGCAGAACUGUAGCCACUGUGAGACGGGCGAGUGUCAUGAGAACGAGGAGGGGACAAUAUGUUACUGUGACGAGGACCUCGUACUUGCCCCCGACGGUGUCUCUUGUGUGUCUCCCCUGCCGCCCCAGCCCUCCCUGUCCCAUCUGGCCCUGAGUCUGUCUGUGGGGACCUCAGCCCUCAUCGCUGCCCUGCUGCUAGCUGUGUCUGGAGUCAUGAUCAUGUACAGACGGAAGCACAUAGAGCUGCAGUCCAUUCAGCUGGAGCUCCAGAGCCCAGACUGUAAACUGAGCAAGCUGAGGGCCUCCACCAUCAUGACCGACUACAACCCCAACUACUGCUUCGCUGGGAAGACCGCCUCUGUCAACGACCUGAAGGAGGUGCCCCGACGCAACAUCUCCCUCACCAGGGGUCUGGGACAUGGUGCCUUCGGUGAGGUGUAUGAAGGGAUGGCAGUGGGGAUACCUGGAGAGUCCAGUCCCCUGCAAGUAGCAGUUAAGACACUCCCUGAGGUGUGCUCUGAGCAGGAUGAGCUCGACUUUCUCAUGGAGGCUCUCAUUAUCAGUAAAUUCAGCCACCAGAACAUAGUGGGGUGUAUAGGGGUGAGUCUUCAGGUCCUGCCACGCUUCAUCCUACUGGAAUUGAUGGCCGGAGGAGACGUCAAGAGUUUCCUGAGAGAGACGCGGCCCAGACUGGAGCACCCCUCUAGUCUCUCCAUGGUGGACCUGCUCAACGUGGCCAGAGAUAUCGCACAGGGAUGCCAAUACCUGGAGGAGAACCAGUUUAUACACCGGGACAUUGCAGCUCGGAACUGCCUGCUGACCACCAAAGGACAGGGGAGAGUGGCCAAGAUAGGGGACUUUGGAAUGGCCAGGGACAUUUACAGGGCGAGCUACUACAGAAAGGGUGGGCGCGCCAUGCUGCCUGUGAAGUGGAUGCCUCCCGAAGCCUUCAUGGAGGGGAUCUUCACCUCCAAAACGGACACGUGGUCCUUUGGGGUUUUGCUAUGGGAGAUCUUCUCUCUGGGCUAUAUGCCCUAUCCCAGUCGCAGUAACCAGGAAGUGUUGGAGUUUGUCACCAACGGGGGAAGGAUGGACCCUCCCAAAAACUGCCCAGGGCCCGUGUACCGAAUAAUGACACAGAGUUGGCAGCAUCAACCGGAGGACAGGCCCAACUUCUCCACCAUCUUGGAGAGGAUUGACUACUGCUUACAGGACCCCGAUGUGGUGACUGUUACCUUGCCUGUGGAAUAUGGGCCCCUCCCCGAAGAGGAGGAGCGGGUGCCCAUGCGCCCUGAGGACCCCACGGCCUCUCCCCUGCUGGUGUCCACUCAGAUGCCCGACGGGGAGGGCCCUGCACCGCCACCCUUUGCCCCCGACUCCGAGGAGAAACAAUCCAGCCAACCCCCCGAAACUGCCAAGCACCAGGUGAUGGCGCAACAACCCCAGUCCUACCCCCACCCUCAGACAUUCACCACGACCACCAUCACAGCAACCUCCUUCAUCUCCACCUCCAAGGCGCCUCCCCCCAUCUCCACCCAGCAGCCCAACCCAGAGGGGGGCCACAUUAAUCUGGCCUUCGCCCAGGGCCACCCUAAGGAUAAGGAUGGUCACAAUGGGAAGCCCACCAACCUGUGGAACCCCACCUAUGGCUCCUGGUUCAUCCAGCAGCAGCAGAGGAAGCAGCAGCAACAACAGCAGCAGCAAAGGCAGGGAGACAUGGGCAGUGGGGGUGGGGGGGUUGGAGGUGGGAGGGUGCCGGGCGAGGGGCAGGAGUACCAGGGGCGGACUGUGGCCGAGGCGGCGGGGGCCCUGGGUCUCCAGCAACAGCAGCACAAGCAGCAGCAGUUCCAGCCACCGUAUCCCUUCCAUCCGCAGCAGCAACAGCAUCAACAACAGCAGAUGCAGCUCCUGCACCACCAACAGCAGCAGCAACAGCAGGGACUCUGCAAGCCCCUCUUGCCCCCUCCGCCCCCACCCCAGGCCACCUUCUCGGAUAUCACUGCCCCUACCCCGCUCCUGUUAGAUUCUGCCACCCUCCCCCCAGUCCCCCUCUUCAGACUUCGCCACUUCCCCUGCGGGAACAUCGGCUACGGCUACCAGGAGCAAGGGUUGCCCCUGGAGGCGACCCACCACCACCACACUAACCCUGUCAACCCCCAUCCUCCCCCGUCUCCUCCUCCCCCGGCACCCGUGGCCCUCCAGAGAGGAGUGGAGGGGACCCAGCUGUCGCUGAGCUGCUCGACGACGGCCAAAGCCGAGGACAGCCGUCCGCUGCUGGUCACCAUGGGGACGGUGCAGGACCCCAGGCUGCCCCGGAUGGAGGGCCGCAAUGCCACGGUGCUUUAGCCCAACCACCAUCUUGCUUUUUGUCUCUCACCUCGGAGACCAUGUGUAUAGGCAGACAGGCGUACAGCCAGGCUAGAUGGUACACCAAGCAACAUUGUGUCAGGACAGUACCCGCUGCCUUAUGACCCCCCCCCCCCCUCUCGGUUUCAUCCACAGUUUGGAUUGACACAUUUUCACCUGGCCAAUGGUUGCGGAGUCAAACAAAUGUAAAAGAAUCUCUGAAAUGGCUGCUGAAAUACCAAUGGGCGUUAAAGUAACUGCCCAGUGUUUCCAGAUUUCUAUGAAGUAUUACUUACAAUAUGAGAGAAAUAGUUUUCCUUUCAAAAAUGGGUAAUUGAGUAUGUUAAAUAGUAGCUUUUCUGUGUUGGAAUUGUGUGUGCGUUUCCUAACAACAGAAUGGUGUGGGCUUAUACAAGUCAUAAACAAUAUUCACGUACAGUGGGGAGAACAAG